AUGAUGUGAUUUUCACCAACCAUUGCUUGAGUUUGAAGUAAAAGAGUGUUAUAGUACUUCAAUCAUGAUGGCUAUGAUGAAACUUAACUCUUAAAAUGCGAAAAGUGUAUAUCGUUAGCUUGCUAAGGUGUUCACAAGGCAUCAAAGAGAACGAAUCCACAUGAACGCUCAGACAUCAGAUCAUCUAUUGGGCACUUUUACGACCAUUGUAUUUUGACACAGUGACAUUUUUCUACCUAGUUCAUCAAUACUUCCUCUCUAUGAGCAUUUUUUUUUUACAAAAACGUUGUUUAUAAGGGUAUUUAAAGUUUCAUGUCGAUAAUAACAAUGGACGAAAAAUGAUUAAGCAACAAAAAAUAUAUAUGUUAACAUAAUGACAGAUUGAUUAUUGCAGAUAAUAUGUAUUCCAAUAUAACCUUACAUUUGAAUUGUAAGGGUUUUAGCCCACCGUUUGGUAGAACUGUUUUGAAUUUUUGUUGUUUGCUAAAAAAAAUGUCUAUAAUUUAAAAUUGGUUAAUCCAGAGAUUAGUCAGUCAAGCAGAGAAAAAUCUGUCAAAAAUGAGAUUUGCAAUUUGAAAGAAAAAGAGAGAUCCGUUACCGGGAAGGAGACGAAGAAGUUAGAAAGAAGAGCGGCGGUUAGGCAACAAAAUUAAAAUUAAAAAGCGGAACGACGGCACGCCCACCACCAAACAUUACCCUCCCACCCGCGAUUCUCUCUUCUCCUUCUUUCCUUCCCUCCUCCUCCAGUCCGCCUUCCGCGGACGGCCGGCGUGAUUCUCCCGCCGCCAGCCGGCCCCUUACAGCCUUACUUCCCGACUCGCAAUCUGUGAAUUUCAGGUGAUUGUUUUUUCCGAUUUGAUUCCCUUUCCUUGUUUUUACCCGAAUUCCGGCAACGCGUUUCCACUCCGGUAGUGGAUCUGGUUGUGCCAGGUAUCCCGAGGUUCCGAUCGGCGGGAGCUCAUUACCCCUCGUCGGAGUUUCGGGGUUCCUUGUUCGAUCUGCGUUAAUUGGUUGCGGAAUUUUCAUUUUGAUUUCCCGUCGGAUUUUGGUGGGCUUUUUUUUGUUUUGUUUUGCUUUCUUCCCCUUACCGUGUGAUUGAAGUGUAGUGUACGUGGGGUUUUUUAAUAACUUGACUGCUAAGGUCAAUCUUCUUCUUCUACUUGCCGUUUGCUUUGGGUUUGCCGUUUCUCCGAAGUUAUUGCCAGAGUGUUUGAGCUGGAACGGGGUCAUGGCAGCUCAACUGCCAGUCUAACUCCUGCUGUUUACUUUGUUUUUCUCGUUCAACUGGCAUCGCUUUGAACAUCGCUCAAGUAAUCUCUGAACGCUGAUGGACUUUGUCCCGUUUUCAAUAACAUUUCAUACUUAACUUCUCUCUACUUCGACUGAAUUUCAAAGCUUUAAGAUCUCCGAAACCCAUUGGGACUCGGCAUUUAUGAUGGGCUGUGCUCAUUCCAUUGCAGUAAAGGGCCUUGAUAUUCAUAUUUCGAUUUGGUGCAGGUUGUGGCCAGUCUGUUCAUUGGUUGGGUGAAUGAAUUGAGGGUCAGGAUUCCCUUGGAUUGAUGUAGCGAUGCAGAGAUCACGGAGGGCUUUUCUGCAAAGAAGAGCUUCUAUGGAGAAGGAUACCAGUGGGAAGAAUCGGUUGUACAAGCUUUCUUUGUCUUUGGUUCUUCUUUUGUGGGGGCUUGUUUUCCUAUCAAGUCUGUGGAUCAGCCAAAGUGAUGGAUAUAGAGAUGGAUCUACAGAAACUUCACAGAGUGUGGGCGUAUCAACUUGGACAGAACAGAAACUUCAAAAUGGGAAAAAUUCUGAUUCAGUACAUACAGAAGUCAGUGAGCAGUCCGACGAGACUUCAUGUAUAGAUCCUGCUGUAAAGAAAGCUCCAGAUGAAGAGUUGCUUGUUGCUGCUGAAGAUAAUAGCAAUUGUGGAAUCGAAUUUCACCAUCAGGAGGCAACCCGUGGCGGGAGACCAGGAGAUAUAGGUCCAAAGAACGAUCGCCUCUCGCGAGUUGUCACUCUUGGGCUUGAUGAAUUCAAAAGUAGAGCUUUCAGCUCCAAAACCAAAACAGGAACCGGUAAAGUGGUACAUAGAAUGGAGCCGGGAGGGAAAGAGUACAACUAUGCUUCAUCUUCAAAAGGAGCAAAAGUCUUGGCCUUCAACAAGGAAGCAAAAGGGGCCUCAAACAUCUUAAUGAGAGAUAAGGACAAGUACCUCCGCAAUCCGUGUUCUGCAGAAGAGAAGUAUGUCAUAACCGAGCUCUCUGAAGAAACUUUAGUAGAUACUGUAGAGAUUGCAAAUCUCGAGCAUUACUCAUCGAAUCUAAAGGAUUUUGAGGUGCUUGGUAGCUUGGUUUAUCCAACUUCAGAAUGGGUCAAGCUGGGGAACUUUACAACAGCCAAUGUCAAGCAGGCGAGAAGGUUUGUGCUUCCAGAGCCCAAAUGGGUGAGAUAUCUGAAGUUGAAUCUUCUGAGCCAUUAUGGGUCUGAGUUUUAUUGUACACUAAGCCUUUUCGAGGUUUAUGGGGUUGAUGCUGUUGAAAAAAUGCUGGAGGAUUUGGUAUCAGUUCAAGAAAAGGUUUUUGUGCCAGAUGAGGAGGAUUCUACUGAGCAGAAAUCAUCAGUACACCCACAGGGGGUUGAUGAGCAUCAUCAUCAGGACUCUUUCAAAGAGGCUGAAUCUGAGUUGUUGUCAGUCGAAACUCCUGAUUCGAAAACCGAAGUGGCUGCUGAUACGGUUGAAGGAGUUCCUUAUCGUCAAGUUGGUAGGAGUAAUGGCGACAGUGCCCUCAAGAUACUGAUGCAGAAAGCCCGUUCACUCGACCGAAGCCUCUCCAUCUUGGAAAGGUACGUUGAGGAAGUCAACUCCAGGUAUGGCAAUAUCUUCCAAGAGUUCGACAAAGAGAUAGCAGAGAAAACUUUGACUCUGGAAAAGAUCAAACUCGACAUGAAGAGUCUCCAUGACAGCCAGCAACUUAUGGCUGGAGAGGUUAACGAUCUUGUGUCUUGGAAAUCUCUUCUUACAACGAAAAUGGAUCAUAUCCUGAAUGAAAACCUUGAUCUCAGAUCGAGGAUCGAGAAGGUUGAGGAGAAUCAAGUGUGGCUGGAGAACAAGGGUAUAGUCGUGUUCUCAGUGUGCUUGGUUUUCGGGUUGGUAGCAAUUUUGAGGGUGUUGGUAGAGAUGAUACAGAUGACGGUAUUUAGCGACGGGUCGUCCAGGAAAUUUUCCAGUGUGAGCUGUUCUUCCUGGCUGGUGUUGCUCCUGAGCUGUAGCAUUAUAAUUUUGAUACUCUCAGUAUAGUUGUUUCUCACAGAAUCGAUUACAGUUUUUCUUUUGAUAGAAAGAGGUAAUAUAGAGGAGAGACCACAACGGGAAAAUGGGACUACAGAGUAACUUCUUGUUAUUUAUUUUACAGUUACUAUAGUGGAUGCAGUUUACUUUUCUCCUUCCUAUAUAUAUGCUGAAAGAGCCACUUUUACUGCUAGUUAAGUGUACAUCACUCGUGAAAAAGGACUUAAGACCAAAACACCACAGAAAUUGACACAAUUCCAUAAAAUGACAAACUUUCAUGACAUUAAGUCUGUCUCAGUAACGUUUACAAACUGCAACACUCAAACAUCAAUAUUGUCUUAGUUACGGGGCCCUUUCGGGUUAUCACAAGCAACUCCGGUAAACACAGUCAUCAGCAUGCGAAUCGUUCUCUAGCGUGCCUCGUACUGAACAACUGAAACAAAAGCAAACACAGAUGCUGUGUUAGAAUAUCAUUCAGCAGCAAUGUGAAAGAACUUUGCUAGUAAGAGAGCAUGAGCUAAAAUACAGAACAACAGCCUGG